AUGGCCGACAUCAACAAUGCGACUCUGUCGGCACACUUGCACCCGGGCGCAGAGGACCAGCUUUCAGUCACGAGCGUCUUCUCCAUCCGCCCCGACCCCGACACUAUCACUAAGCUCGUCGGGCGCGUGCGUGCCAUGGCCACUCGCCUUCUCCCCGUCGAAGUUGAGCUGGAUGUGAUCACCGACGCCACUGGCCCAGUCAUUACCCCCGAGGUCGUCAACGCUUUCCGUAAGGCUGGCGGUGACUUUGAAGAGGCGGUCCCGUUCUGUCUGCUCCGUGCACGCCACCUCUUUAUUCGCGAAGGCAUGGCCAACCCGACCGACUAUGAAGAGACGCUCUGUCGUGCCACGGCCUGUGAGGUCAUCGCUCGUCGCAUGGUCCGCAUUUUCCCUCAUGAAAGCCUUCGCAGCGUCAUGAGUGCCCGUUUCCGGUACCGUGACAGCGAUGGCGAUGUGUCGGCCGCGAGCUGUGCACUCGAAAUGGCCAUUGACGGUCACUGCACCAUCUUCCUCUCGUCCAACGAAACCCAGGAAGUCGUCAACGCACUCUGGUCUGGCCGUUGGGUGCAGGAAAACAACGAAGACCAGGACAUUGACUACGUCGAGUACCACCGCUCCCCCGACCGUGCUGGUUCGUUCUGGGACCACCUGGACCCCCUCCGUCUCUCCGUCCCGCGUUACCAAUCGUUGCUCCGUGUUAUCAUCUGGCUCGUUUACCUCUUCGUUUACUCGCAAUCGGUCAAGAGUCCUCUUGAUGCUAUCAACCGUAGCGAGUUUGAUGGUUGGGAGAUUGCGCUCUACAUCAUGACGUUUGCCUUCUUCAUUGAGGAGAGUGUCAAGUUCUUCAAGAACUUGCGCCUUGCCAACAACCCCCUCAAUGCCAUCAGUUUCUGGGUUGUAGUCAACUUCCUUAUCGACGCCCUGCUUCUCACUGCGCUGUCCCUCCGUGUCGCCGGUAUGCGCCUCGACCUUGACGACGACGCAAAGGCCAACCUCAUGAAACGCUCGUUCCAGGUCCUGUCCUGUGCUGCGCCUCUUAUCUGGAUGAAGCUGUUCACCGUGUUUGAGGCAUACAAGACUGUGGGAGUCCUUGAAGUAGUCGUCUUCCGCAUGCUGCGCGAAUCGGUCAUCUUCUUCAUCCUGCUGGGUGUCCUCGGUCUUGGCUUUGCCCAAUCGAUGUACGCUCUUGACGCUGCAGAUGGCGAAAUCAACGAGUUUAUGCGAGGCUUCACCUUCUCCGACGACCCCGACAACCCGGGGCAGGGAAGCACCACUAUCCUGCUCAACAACCUUGUCCAGGCCUUGCUCGGCUCGCCCGAGUUUGGCAUCUUCGAGUUUGACUCUGAACGCUUUGGAUAUCCUUUCGGUCUCAUCAUCUACUACUCGUGGAACUUCUUCACUACCAUUAUCCUGGUCAACGUCCUGAUUGCCCUCUUUGGCUCGGCGUACCAGGAGAUUUCCGAUAACGCUACCGACGAGUACCUGGCGUUCUUUGCUGGAAAGACUAUCGACAUGAUUCGCGCGCCCGACCAGUUUGUCUAUGUGGCACCUUUCAACCUCAUUGAAAUCGUGUUCAUCGUCCCCCUCGAAUUCAUCCUCCCGACCAAGGACUAUGCCAAGCUCAACCGCGUCGUCAUGUCGGUCAUCUUCUUUGUGCCCCUCGUCUGCAUCGCCAUCUGGGAGGCCGGCGUCGUCCACGCGCGCCGCGGCGUGCUGUACGACUACUUUGCUACGCCGAUCCCCGAAGACGACGAAGACCCCAAGGUUAUUGACCCCGAGACCACCGACCCGGCGGGCGUGAUCUCAAAGGUCCCCUUUGACGAGCUUGUCCAGGCCUUCCCCAACACUUCGGUUACGGAGAGUACUGUCAUUCUUCGCGAAAUUCACAAGAUGCGCGAGGCGCUUGACAGCCUCGAGAAGAAGAUUACUCGUUGA